AUAUUAUUUGAAGAAAAUAUUCUGCGAUAUUUACGUUCAGAGUGCUCAAAAAUAUUAGUAUUUCACGUUGUCAACAAUCACAACGUAGAGGAUGAGUACUAAGAAUCAGUUUAAAACAUUUAACUAAAAAUAAAAUAAUUAUCUUAAUUAAUGAAUUAGUUAAUAUAUAUUUAAAAUAUAUAUAUUAUAUGGGUUGUAAAGAAAUUAUAAUGUUGAAAGUAUUUAUUUUUAUUGCAUUCACUUCUUUGGUCGAUAGUGAUGCAAAACUGCCGGUCGUAGUCACAACAUGGAAUUUCGUAAAUGCGACGGUAACAGCUUGGGAUAUCCUUAAAAAAACUGGCUUUGCACUGGAUGCUAUUGAAAAAGGAACUUCAGUAUGUGAAAAACAACAAUGUGAUGGAACUGUGGGGUAUGGAGGAAGCCCAGAUGAAGAAUCUGAAACUACCCUGGAUGCUCUUAUUAUGGACGGGUGCACUAUGAAUGUGGGUGCUGUUGGUGCACUCAGAAGAGUGAAACAUGCCGCUUCAGUCGCGAGACAUGUAUUGGAACACACAAAACACUCUAUUCUUGUUGGAGAGAUGGCAACAAAUUUUGCUAAACAAAUGGGUUUUAAAGAGGAAUCUUUAACAACUACAACAUCAAAGAGGAUGUGGUUAAAGUGGCACUACAGAGACCAGUGCCAACCAAAUUUUUGGAUGAAUGUGGAGCCUGAUCCGACCAAGUUUUGUGGACCUUAUAAAAAAAUAGACAACAUUGUCAAGAGGAGUAAACACACAAUUCCUAUGAAAGUGAGCAGAUUCAACCAUGACACAAUUGGAAUGAUAGCUGUGGAUAAGCAGGGAAAUGUAGCUGCUGGUACCUCAACAAAUGGGGCAAAAUUUAAAAUACCUGGGAGAAUUGGCGACUCCCCAAUCCCUGGUUCAGGAGCUUAUGCAGAUAAUGCCGUUGGUGGGGCAACAGCAACUGGUGAUGGGGAUAUUAUGCUCAGGUUUUUGCCGAGUUUUCUAGCAGUGGAGGAAAUGCGACGCGGUGCUUCACCAACGGAUGCCGCCAGAACUGCUGUUAAUAGAAUAGCAGAACAUUACCCGGACUUCAUGGGAGCUGUUAUAGCUUUGAGAAACGACGGCGAAUAUGGUGCAGCUUGUCACGGCUUAGGCGACGAACCUUUUCCAUUUGUUGUCAAGGACAUAACUAUGACGAAAUUUAAAAUUGAAAAAAUUAAUUGUUCUUGGCCCAUUCGUUAAAUAUGUACCUACCUAUAUAAUGAGAUCCAAGACUUUCGCGAGUAUUCAUAUAAAUGAAACUAAUAUUUUUACUAACUAUUUUAUUAUUUUUAAACCUAAAGCAACCGUGAUCACGGUUGCUGCAAAGUAACGGAAACGUCGGUAGUAUGUAGUUCUAAAAAUAAUAAAAUAGCGCGUAGUAAUCCGAAAAUAUUAGUUUCAUUUACCUACCUAUAUAACUUAAAUUUUCAUUGUCUAAUAUGAAAUGUAUUUCCUACAUACUAACUUGUAAUAUUAUAAUGUCGUAAAUUAAAUAUUAUUUUAAAA